AUGUCUUUUAGGAAACAACUCUCUGGUAAUAUGAAAAGGAAAAAAAAGGCAAAGGAUAACGAAAUUGCCGAAAGUUUAAGAGGAUCUCUUAAUAAUUUUUUCUCUACAAAGAAUGAGUCAGUUGAAAAUUUAAGAGAAAAUGAUGUUGGUGAAGAGCCACAAAAUUUUUUUGGGGAGUCUCAUGAUCAUGAAAACGGUAGUGAUUUAGAAGAAAAUGUUGGUGAUGAGUCUCAAGACCAUGAAAAUGGUGGUGAUGUGGAUUUAAAUGCUGAUGAUGAUCAUAUUGGGGUUGAGGAAAAUAUUGAAUCUCCUGAACCUAUUUUCCAUUUAAACAUUUAUGAUCCAAGAGUUUGGGAUGGUCUUAAUGCAGAAAUGAGAGACUUACUUGUAGAAAAUGGGCCAAUUCGAGAAACUAAUCUCACUUAUCCUAAGGACAAACUCUCUAGAAAAUUUUCCUCACACUACUAUGAUCGAAAAUUACCAACGGCAAAAGAUGGAAUUAGUGAUUGGAGACAUCUUGGUGUGAAGCUUGACCAACAUGAAAAGAGUAAAGAGCAUCUCACUAAUUCGAGAACUUGGGUUGAGUUAAAAAGUAGAUUGACAACAAAUCAGACAAUUGAUAAAGAAUUUCAAAUGCGAAUCAAGAAAGAGACAAAUCAUUGGAAACAAGUGAUGCUUAGAAUUAUUGCUGCUGUGAAAUGUCUUGCCAUACGUAAUUUAGCAUUUCGUGGAACAAAUGAAAGACCUUAUGAAGACUCUAAUGGCAACUUCUUAGGUUUACUUGAAAUGAUUGCGGAGUUUGAUCCAAUAAUGUAA